AAACUGAGCCCUAAGUCUCAAAUGAUAACAAAUCAAACAAAGAAGAAACGCAAGGACUCAACUAACACUCAACAAUGGUGUCUGCUAACGGAGGCCUGAGUUUGGAACGAAAACGAGCAAUCGUAUCGGCUCUGUGCAAAUCCAGAUCUCUCGACGCUUCAAAAUUCUUGGAAGAUGAGGGGAGUGAUAUCAAAAGCUUGAGCGUUAACAUCAUGAAGACUGCUUAUGAGAACAAUGAGGAGUUCAACAAGUGGGUGGCGUUUGCAGAGAAUUUUCCUUCAGAUUCUGCGGCAUGCCUAAAGGGUCUAAGCCAAUUAAACGAAUACUUAAUCAAUUAUUCUGUUCUCGUGGGAGGUGGAUACAGACCUUCUGAUGCUGAUAUAAUCGUUUUCUCAACCGUUCAUCCAUACGUGGUUAGUCUUCCAAACACCGACAGGAAUAAACUGCCACAUGUAAUGAGAUGGAUGGAUUACAUCCAGAGUACCCAUGACUUUGGAGAGCUAUUUGAAAAGAUUGUGCUAGAGAAGGCCCCUUUUGAUCCUCCACUGGCCAAACAGACAACCAAGGUGGAAGCUGAGGUAAGUACAAAAAAGGUCGAGUCAAGUACAAAAAAGGCUGCCCCGAAUGCAAAAGCAGCAAACUCAGGCGCUGAACCGGAGAAAAAAUCUGAUUCGUCGAAGAAACAAGCAACAGGAAAAACAGAAGCUGCCACAGAGAAGAAGAAAUUGCCUGAAAAAGUACCAGAUGACAAAGAGAAAGAAUUAAGUGUCACUUUAUUGAAAAUCCAGGUUGGACUCAUUCGUAAGGCUUCCAAACAUCCUUCAGCUGAUAGUUUAUUGGUCGAGGAAAUAGAUGUUGGGGAGGGAAAGUGCCGGCAGGUGGUCAGUGGUUUGGCAAAGUAUUGCAGUCCAGAUGAGUUGACGAACCGUCUUGUGGUAUUAAUCACAAAUGUGAAACCUGGAAAGUUAAGAGAUGUGGUUUCAGAAGGACUGGUGCUAUGCGCUUCAAAUGCCGAUCAUACAGUUGUAGAGCCAUUGAUUGUUCCACAAGGGGCCAAACUUGGUGAAUGUAUUACAUUCUCUGGGCAUGAAGGAAAGCCAGAAGACGUUUUGAACCCGAAAAAGAAACAACUUGACAAGAUAACACCGAAUCUUUUCACAGAUGACAAAGGUGUGGCCACAUUCAAGGGAGUCCCAUUUAUGACAUCUGCUGGACCAUGCACAUCUACCAUACCCAAUGGCAGUGUCAAAUGAUGAGUAUGAUGGGAAUGAAUCAGGUCAUUCAGAUGCACAUCUUCAUAACAAUGCUAAACAUUAAUAUAUGAUUAUGACUAGGAUGAUCGGUGGUGGUCGUUGUCUGUGUAAUCGGCACUUUUUUUGUAUCACGCACCAAAAAAUACAUACUUUUGUUAAACCUGGGUCAGGUUGCCAAAAAAAAUGCAUAUGCAAAACUCUGUCCAUACAUUAAUCGGACAAACAAAACUGAACUAGAACCAGACCUGGACCGGGGAUGAACAGAAUAAUGUGUCUAAUUCUGUUGGUUUUCAGUUCAUGAUCUUUUACUGGCCCGUUUUCAGUUUGGUUUGAUCUAGUUCCAAAUCCUUUUA